GGCCGACAUUCUCUGCUCAAAUCCGGGGGGAAAUUCUUUUAAACCGCAAAAUCUCCCCGUCACAAGAUACAGACACACGAAGAUUCACCUUUAUAGCUUCUUCCUAUCCUUGCUCGCAACAGCAAGAUUUCACUCGUUCUUUGGCGAUCUCUUAUCUAAACAAUCACACACAUUUUGUAAACUACCGUUCAAUUAACCCGACUCGGCUUGAACUGCUAGUAAUUUAUUACAGACGAGAUUGGACGGUCAAAUCCAUAUAAUUUUUUUGACAAGUACAGGUGUAACAAACCUGAGAAUCUUUUUGUGACACAGGCUGAUUGAUAAAUUAUACGUGGAAUUUUUAAAAAUAUAUAUUUAGUUAUGUAAUGUGUGCGCUAGAUUCGUUUUUGAUGUUGACUCGAACAGGAAGUAUGUCUCGAUCCUGAUAUUUUUUUUAUUGAUCACGAAAGAUGAAAGGACCUAUUAACAUCCUGGUAUUGGGGAAGGAAGGCGUCGGCAAAACAGCUAUUGUGGUGCGCUUUUUGACUGGAAGAUAUCUAAGUGAAUACGCAUCUCUGGAGGAAGUGACGUAUGAAAGAAAUGUCACAGUUGAUGAAAAGCAAGUGUCGAUUAAAAUAACAGACGUUGCAGGGAAGAACCUGGACAGGAAGUCGACCUCAAGGGAUUGGUUGCAUAAAAUAGAUGGCGCUGUGAUCGUUUACUCCGUGACAGACCGGAACAGUUAUGACAUAGCGGAAGUCGUCAUGGAUUGGCUGAGGAAAGAAAAGAAACCAAAUCAGAUUAUUCCAAUGGUCUUGUUAGGAAACAAAUGUGAUUUAGAACAUUCCAGAACUGUAACAAAACAACCAACAGAGGAGUUGGAAUGGCGAACAGAUGGAUUAAUGUUGACGGAAUGUUCGGCCUCUGCUAAUACGGAGAACAUUAAAUGCGUGUUUCACGAGCUCAUUAGAAAGAUAAGUGAAAAAAGGGAUUCGUCAUCGAAAGCACAACGAAAACUUUCUCAUGCACAGAUUGGAUCUCCGAAAUUAAUUCGAGCGUCAUUAAGGAGACGUUUUAGUGUGUUUACUCGAGAGCGAACCUCUACUAUGUGAAACAGGAAAGCCAGGGUAUACUUAUGAAGUGACAGUUAAUCAACAGAGAUUCACUCGGAUUUGAGAAUUAACAGGGUCUCUCUACUUACUAGUAUUAAAUUACGAAGUUACACUUUCCUCACAAUUCUUGAAUACCACAAAGAAGGAAGGACAUUCCAAUUCAAAAACACUUUAAAUUUCAUUUGGAGAAUUAUAAAGUGUGAAUGUUGACGAGUACAUGCAAGUACGAAUAUUGAUUCAUUUUAUUAAUUAUCUAUUGUAUGACAUGUACAUGUGCAAUGAAAAGUAUUUAUUCUGAAAACUCAUUGACAGUGUGUAUUGUUAUCCUUCUUAUUUACAUGAAUAUAAUCUUCCUGUUUAUUCUAAUCUACUCUAGUUUACAAUCGCCAUUCAUUCUGAUGCCUUUACAUUUAUAAUUUGCACACACACACACACACACACCCACACACACACACACAAAUGUUUUUCUUUAGAAUAAUAUGUAUGGAAAAUGUGAUACACACGGAAAUAUUUUUUUUACGUGUUCACCUUAAGUGCAAAGCAUGUCUGAAUCUAGACGUUAACCUAAAAUAUUCUAUCCACUAGCCAAGUUUUUU